UGGGCUGUAUCUUACAUCGGUGUGUUCAUCUAUCGUUAGAGACUAAUGAAUUUUGGAGGAACGUUGUAGGCUACUCAACAUUGUUUUAGUUCUGUUAAGUCAACCUCGCCAGCGAACACGGAGAGGAUUCAAAGUUGAGACAUUCCUUAUGCGAAAAGAAUCUAAUUUCGAGUGAAGAUUGUCCAGUGGCUGCUACCUUACCGCACAGCUAUGGCGCUGGGUUUAUCCCCCGCCGCCGUCUGCCAGUGCUUCACGCUGGUGGCCCUCUGCACCUCUAUCGCCGACCCCAACUGGAUCAACGUGCAGAACGGCACGGAUCCACACGGCAAGCAGCUGAUUUACGGCGUCGCGUUCACGCUGCACGCGGGACAAAACCUCACCGAUACCGCUCCUCUUGGUGGGCCGAACGGCUUGGGCAUGUGGCUGCUCUAUGUGCUGGCUGCAUUCUCCUAUGCCUCCGUAUUCGCCUCCGGCUGCUCUUUCCUGCUGGACUUCCUGGGCGUCGGGUUCACCCACUCCAGAGUGGUAGCUUCCUUCCACGUCUCCACAGUGGUGCUGUGUCUGAUUGUCUUGGGCGUGGCUGGCACCUGUCUCUAUGUCAUUGAGCACAACGUGCAGAAUGGGAGGUGGGGCUCACUCUGGGACCACCCCUCGACUCCGCCUUAUGGACUACAGACUUAUCCUGGAGAGAGCAUGAUCAUCGAGAUGCUGGCCAUCCUCUUCUCCUUGGGGGCUGCUGCCUUCAGCUUGAGAUGCCCUCCAGAACCCACCACUCCCAGCCGCUACCUCUCUGUGGAGUCUGAGGACGGGGAAACAGAACCCCUUAUUGGAGGACUGGGAGAGCAGUCAGCAGAGACGUUUCCUACUGAACAGUCUUAGCAUUACUUAUUACAAUUUUGACACAAAUGCCUUUUUAAAAUGCUAACCACAGGAAAAAAAAAUACAUAGUUACUUUUCACUUGACACUUUAUUGAAUAAGUAUGUAUUUAUGUGAUUGAUUGUUUUUUCUACAGACAGGCCUUUCUAAACACCUUACAAUCUCUGGAGUGUUUAUACAUGUUUAAGGUGUUUAUACAUCUUAAAAGCUCCAGGCCUUCCUGUUGCGCUAGCCUUGUAGCUGGAUACACUAUGGAGCCAGGAACCAAAGAAAUGACCAAACCACAACAGCAUUUUAUGUAGUAAUUUCUCAGGCACAGUUACUGAGCUGCUACCUAAUAUUCAAUGGUACUUAGUAGGUUUUCCUAAAGGGAUUAGCUCAUGGACCUAAUACCGAAAAACCUGAAACUGUUUAGAGACCAAACUGAACGUUACCAUAUUCUGUAUGAAGGCAACAGGAAGCUCCAUGUGCCUUAGGAUCUGUUGCAUAUUGGUCAUAAACAUAUAUGUAAAACGCAUGGUGCACCUGGCUUGUAACUCACUCACACAUAUUUAGCAUUCUGAAUAUUUUCCAAAAGGGGGCGCUAUAUCCUUGUCUUAUGAUGCUGUUUUAUGUUUGCUGACAAGAGAUUUUAUUGGCUGGCAACGAGGAUUGUGUGUGGGUAUCCUCAAAUUGAUCAUUUGUCUUCUUACACCAGAAUGAUUGAUGUCACACUGCCACGUUAAAGAUAUUGAGGAAAGUGGUUCCUCUGCUUGAUAUUAAGUUUAAGUCUAGACUGAAUAUCCCCACUGGUAUUGCAGUAUAGUCCAAGACUAGACUUAAUCCAUUUCUGGGAAACCAGCCUGAGGAAAACAAUCUACAAUAUUAAUGAGUCAUAUCAUAUCUUUAUUUUAAACAUAACCGCUACAGGAGUUCAGUUAAAUUUUUAUCAGCACAAAGAAGGAUCAGUAAGUAGACUUUUUAUUAGAAUGUCAUUAAACAUUAAGGAAAAGCUGAAUUUCUCGGCAGUAAUGGGUAGUAACUCUGACCUGAUGACGGGGAGGCUUGUGCCAGCACUAAGCUCGAGGCAAGCACAUUUAUCUUACUACAUGGAACACACUUCCUGUUCCUGUGUUAUCACCAGUCAGCUGACUAGUACCGUACCUAUGUGGUGACAGUCUGUGAUUUUUGCUCCUUUAAAAUGUGCUGCAAUAAUGUCUGCAUACCUAAUCGAAACCCCAAACAUUGUGAAUUUGAAUGUUCCUUGUGGUUUGUCUUUGUGGCAUGUUAUUCUUUUGUUGUGUUACGGUAAUUUUUCAUUUUGUUGAACUGUGAGCUCGACUUAUUACCUCACCAUUUUAAUGUUAUCUCAUCACACAGUCAAUGACUGUUAACUAUGGCUAAAUACUCAUGUAAACUCAUUUAAACCUUUUAUGCCUUUCCUAUCCCCAGACAGGUUUUCACUUUGGAAGUGUUAAAAGGCUUCAGUUGAAUGUAUUAUUGUUUAUUUGGCUUUAUUGAGGAAUGAUUGCAUUGUAUACAUGGCAUUGUCUGCAGUACCCUGAGAUCAGGAUCAUGCAAAGCAAAGUCAAUGUUAAUGACAUUAUCGGUUGUGUUGUGGGUGAAUGAUUGGAUGAGGUAUUCCCCAUGACUCAUCCAAUCACCGUGACACACUCAGGAGGACAGGAGCUUUCAUCCAGCAUACAUCCCAGCUCUGCUGCCUGUGGUCACUGGGAUUGGGGCUCCAAGAUGACUUACACCUGUCAGGGACACUUCUGUUAGUUCUGGGUUGAGUGAAAACAUCCAUAAAUAAUUUUGGUUUGUUUUCUGAAUAACUUGUAAAUAUUAUGUUUCACCAGGAGGGGGCAUAAACAUGUAACCAGAUUGAUGUUAUGUGCCUUAAUGUAAUUAAAUGUAAUGUGUUUUUAAUAGGAA